GGGACAGAUGUCACCCACCGGGCCACCGGCGUCACCCUGCGGGCCACCAUCGCUCCUGGGACAGACGUCACCUCACGGGCCACCAGGGUCACCCUGCGGGCCACCGAUGUCACCUCAUGGGCCACCGAUGUCACCUCAUGGGCCACCGAUGUCAUCCAACGGGCCACUGUCGCUCUUGGGACAGAUGUCACCCAGUGGGCCACCGAUGUCACCCAGUGGGCUACAGGCGUCACCCAACGGGACGUUGUCACCCAGCGGGCCACCAAUGUCACCCGGUGGACUACAAGUGUCACCCAACGGGCCAGUGUCACCCAGUGGGCCACCACUGUCACCCAGUGGGCCAUCAGUGCCACCCAACGGGCCACCAGUGUCACCCAGCGGGUCAUCGGCGUCACCCAGCAGGUCAUCAACGUCACCCAGCGGGCCACCAGUGCCACCCAACGGGCCGAUGUCACCCAACGGGCCACCAGUGUCACCCAGCGGGUCAUCAGUGUCACCCAGCGGGCCACCAGUGCCACCCAAUGGGCCGAUGUCACCCAACGGGCCACCAGUGUCACCCAGCGGGUCAUCAGUGUCACCCAGCGGGCCACCAGUGCCACCCAAUGGGCCGAUGUCACCCAACGGGCCACCAGUAUCACCCAGCGGGCCACCAGUG